UCUCAUUACUUCUGCAUUAUAAAUCAAACAAUUAUGAAAAAUCAGUUUCAUGAAUUAACACUUGAGGAAUUUCUUGAAGAGAUAACUAAACAAGAACAAAGUUUUUUCAAGAAAAAGGCUGCUGAGUCUGAGAAAUCUUAUGUUACUGAAAUGUUUGGUGAGCUUUAUUUUAGAGAAAAUCCUGAGUCAUCUAUAAGUCACCUUUUUCCUCCAAUGCCAAAACCUCCUUCUGCUAAUGAAAAUGCUAAUAAAGCAUCCAUUUCAGAAGCUGAGUUUGAGAAAAUUAGUAUAAGUGAGAAGCUCCCAAAUGGUGACAUUGCUCUGCAUGUGAAUGAGAUGCAAAUAGGGAAAGGGGGAGAGAAGAAUCAAAAGUUUAAUUAAAAGGAGGAAGAAUGUGGUAGGAAUGUGGCAGCUUAGAAUAGUUAAAAAUAAGUGGGCAAACUAUAAUGUAGCUGUAAAAUAAAUGAACUCAAUGUUCUUGGUUUAAUGGAGUCAAUGUGAUGCAUGUUUGUGAUGUCUUGAUUAGUUAACUUGCUUAUUAUGAAUUGGAAUGAGGAUGAGUUAAGUAAUUGUCGAUCUGUAAGAUCAUAACAAAAACAUAGUUUUUGUUUUUCUUAU